CGAUUCACCCAGACGCACACUCCAUGGGCGCCUAGCUUGCCCUGUCAAAGCGAACUCGACCUCAAAUCUCCGGCCUGGGUCGCACCGUCUGAGCGUCCCUCCCGCCUUGUCCUCCGUGAGCGCGGCUCCCUCGUGGGCCAGCGGGGUCAGUCAAGAUGGGUGCCUGCAUGAGUUCGAGCAGUGAAGAAACGGAGCAGAAGAAGAGGAGCCAAAAGAUUGACAAGGAUUUGGAAGAGGACUCAAAACGAUUGAGAAGAGAAUGCAAGAUCCUCCUGUUGGGAUCCGGCGAGAGCGGCAAGUCCACGAUCGUGAAGCAGAUGAAGAUUAUCCAUCUCAAGGGCUAUUCGGACGAAGAGCUCUACAACUACCGCCCGACCGUGUUCAAAAACCUAAUAGAAUGCGCCAAAGCCGUCGUGAAUGCAAUGCGGCAGUUCGACAUCGAACCAGAAAAGGAAGAAACAAAGACUCUUUGCGACUUUCUCCUCGAAUACAGUGUCGAUUCCGGGCCGCAGGUUUUGAUCGACACGAGGGUUGGAGAGGCAAUACAGGCAAUAUGGAACGACCCUGCGAGGAAGCAGCUCAUGGACCGACAAACCGAAUUCUACCUCAUGGACUCGGCCGAAUAUUUCUUUGAGCAGGCGCAACGAAUCGUGCGCCAGGACUACCUGCCGAACGAGAUGGACGUCCUUCGAGCAAGAACAAAAACAACGGGGAUAUACGAGACACGUUUCCAAAUGGGCCAGCUUAGCAUACACAUGUUUGACGUUGGAGGACAACGAAGCGAGCGGAAAAAGUGGAUUCACUGUUUUGAGAACGUGACAUCUAUCAUAUUCUGUGUGGCCCUUAGCGAAUAUGACCAGGUGCUACUGGAGGAGAGUAGUCAGAACCGUAUGAUGGAGAGCCUGCUCUUAUUCGAUUCCGUGGUCAAUUCGAGAUGGUUCGUGCGGACCAGCAUAAUAUUGUUCCUCAAUAAAGUCGACAUCUUCAAGCAGAAGCUCGGCAGGUCGCCAUUGAGCAACUACUUUCCCGACUACUCUGGCGGCAAUGAUGUGAAUAAGGCUGCCAAAUAUCUUUUGUGGAGAUUUAACCAGGUCAACCGGGCACAUCUGAACCUAUAUCCUCAUCUCACCCAGGCAACGGACACAUCAAAUAUUCGGCUCGUCUUCGCCGCCGUGAAGGAGACCAUCCUCAACAACGCCUUGAAAGAUUCAGGCAUUUUGUGAUC